UUUUGUGGUCAUUUGAUGGGCAAUAAAGCAGAGUUCUGUUCAUAUAUUUUACUAAAUUAAACAAACAACUGAGUUUAUUAAGUUGUAGUGAUGCUCUUCAUCUGUUUUAAGUCUUGUUAUGCUAUCCAAGUCAUGCUAAUGUAGAGUCCAUACCCCAUUUUACCUCGACAUCUUUAACUGAUCACCAUUUUACUACCAAAUAAGAUUACUGGAUGAAUUUUUUUGCAUCUGAUUGCUCGAAAACUGUAGUAUAGUGAAAAUAAAAAUUGGCACAGUUUGUUGAGGCUGAAUCUUUUUGUCUGCUGUCCACCUGGAGUCAAUGUGGAUUGUGACCAGGCCGAUAAGGAUGUCCUCCGAGGAGAGUUCAUCUUCACAUUUUGUCUGCUAAAUGAAAUAAACGCUUUGACAUCCAUGUUAUGUUGAUGGAGGAGGAAGAGAGCUCGUGCUAAACAUUUAAUAAAGCAGCUUAAGAGCAUAAUUAAACAUGAGGAAAAUGUUAAAACAUGACAGCACACAAGUUUAGAUGUGAAAAUUGGUCUUUAGCCUGCUGUCCUCUGUUCAGAUAAGAAUGAACAAACGAGUCCUUCUGUUUUUACCUCACUGUAGCACCAAAAAGCCACUGAUGUGAAACAAUUACUUUCCCAUAGUUUUGAAACAACAGACUUGACAUUAUGUGAUCAUUAGGUUAUGUGAUUGCCACUGAGCAGACUGAAAGUCAUGGUUUGACAGUUCUGAACUUCCUUCAGCGGCCAGAUGACAUGUCAUGUUAUCGUACUGCGGCCUCAGAGAGCAGAACCGAGGUUCUUCGCAGCUGGUUUCAUUCUGAAUCAUUCACAGUUAGCUUGAAAGAAAGAAGAUUUCACAACACUGGCAAAUCCAAACAUGAAAAUCACAGCUUCUCAUUUUCUGUAGCCACACUGGAAAUUUGUCAAACCACUGUGAUCCCCAAUAAAAGGCCGCUCCAUUCAGACGUCGUCUCACUCGAGGAAACUACUGAGAUGAUACGCAAGGUACUGCAAGUUCACUUCUCACGCUUUAGACUUGAUGAAGGCUCCUGUUGCAAAGUGUUUAAUCGAUGACGUUUAAUUCCGUGUCCCAGUCUGACUGAGUCCUCAGCGGAGGUACGUCCUGUGCUGCCUCACGGUUUGGGACUGACCUGGCUCUGUUUCGCCUCUGCAGGCAGGAGCAAAAGGAUGAUGCUGGACACCCUGGGUGUCGGACUGUUGGGAACCAGGACAGCUGUCUUCAAAACAGCUCUUCAGUACAGCCAGCUGUUCACAUCAGAGGAGAGAAGCAGCGUUUGGGGGAAAUCAGACUCAGUCCUGCCUCCUCCUUAUGCUGCAUUCGUCAACGGCAUCGCAGUCCACUCCAUGGACUUCGACGACACGUGGCACCCUGCCACCCACCCCUCCGGAGCCGUGCUGCCGGCGCUGCUGGCCCUGGCCGACACGCUGCCCGCCCCGCCCUCCGGCCUGGACCUGCUGCUGGCCUUCAACGUGGGCGUGGAGGUGCAGGGCAGACUGAUGAGGUUCUCCAGAGAGGCCUACAACAUCCCCCAGAGGUUUCACCCUCCCAGUGUGGUCGGUGUGAUGGGGAGCGCGGCGGCCUCGGCGAAGCUCCUGGGUUUGUCCCCCGAGCAGUGCAGCCACGCUCUGGCCAUCGCGGCCUCCUCUGCCGGGGCGCCCUUGGCCAACGCGGCCACACAGACCAAACCUCUGCACGUGGGGAACGCCGCCCGCAGAGGCCUGGAGGCCGUCCGGCUGGCCCAGACCGGCCUGCAGGGGAACCCGGCCAUCCUGGACCUGGACUGCGGGUUUGGGGUUUAUUACACUGACUACUGUCCUGCAGCAUUGGCAGAGGCGGGCUCUGGCUCUGGCUCUGGCUCUGGCUCCUUCAGAUGGAUUCUGGAAGACCAGGACGUGGCCUUCAAGCGCAUCCCCGCUCACCUGGCCAUGCACUGGGCCGUGGACGCGGCUCUGGAAGCCCGAGCGCUGCUUCAGAGUGCAGCAGGGACCUUCGACCUGAGCCAGAUCCGACGCGUCACGCUCCGAGUCCCUCCGUCCAGGUACAUAAACCUCCCCUCGCCCGCCACCGAGCACCAAGCCAGGCACUCCUUCCAGUUCAACGCCUGCUCCGCUCUGCUGGACGGCGGAGUGACGGUUUCCUCCUUCGGCGAGGCCGAGAUCCAGCGGCCUGCCCUGAGGGAGCUGCUGUCCAGAGUCAGCAUGGAGACGCCCCAAGACAACCGGCCCAGCUUCGAUGAAAUGUACUGCGAGGUGGAGAUUCACACACAGGACGGGCGGAGCUACGCCGCCAGGUGCGAUACCUUCUACGGCCACUGGAGGAAGCCCCUGAGCCAGCAGCACCUGGAGGAGAAAUUCAGAGGAAACGCUGCGGCGGUGCUGCUGCCGGAGGCGGUGGACGGCCUGGUCGACCUGAUCGGAGACGUGGAGACGGUCCGACACGUCUCCAGACUGGCUUCAUAUGUGAGAAUGACGAGAGACUCGCAGCAGCAGUUUAAACCCUCCAAGACUUCCAUGAGAGUCUGACUGAUGAAGCCCUGCUGGGAAUGAUGAGCGAAUGACUGCAGCACCGCUCUGUUUGUGUCUUUCUGUGGCUGUAAAACAAAGAAAACUGCAAAAACAAAUGUUUUCCUCAUUUUAUUUAAAUAUUGUGCACAAUACAAUCAACCGACCCUGUAUUAACUUUAAAUGAAGCCACUGUGGCAGAAUGUAAUCCACUAAGCGCUUUCGUCUGAUGCUAUUCAACGAAAAAAUAAAUCAGACGUUGCAUCGAUCAGAUCUACCAGAUUUCAGUAUCUGUGAGUGUUUUUUAUUAAUACGUUCAAAU